AUGAGUAGCCCUGUCCUCGGCCUAAAAGAAUGCACCAAAGGCUCCGCGGUAUGGUGCCAGGACAUCAAGACGGCGGCUUCCUGUGGAGCUGUGAAGCACUGCCUGCAGACAGUCUGGAACAAGCCAACAGUGAAAUCCCUUCCCUGUGACAUAUGCAGAGAUGUCAUCACCGCAGCUGGCAACCUGUUGAAAGAAAAUGGCACCGAGGAGGAGAUCCUUGAGAAUCUGGAGAAGGUCUGUGACUGGCUUCCUAGUGGGGAAUUAAGUACCGCCUGCAAGCAGAUGGUCCAGUCCUACCUUCCCGUCAUCUUGGACAUGAUCAGAGGAGAAAUGAGCCAGCCUGAGGAAGUAUGCUCAGCUCUCAAACUCUGCCAGUCUCUUCAGAAGCACCUGGCUGAGCAGAAUCACCAGAAACAGCUCGAGUCCAAUAAAAUCCCGGAAGUGGACAUGUCAGAGGUGGUGGCUCCUUUCAUGGCCAACAUCCCCCUGCUCCUCUACCCUCAGGAUGGUCCCAACAGCAAGUCCCAGCCAAAGGGUAAUGGGGAUGUUUGUCAGGACUGUGUUCAGAUGGUGACCGAUGUCCAGAAUGCUGUAAGGACCAACUCCACCUUCGUCAAGGCCUUUGUGGACCACGUCAAGGAAGAGUGUGACCUGCUGGGGCCUGGCAUGACUGACAUGUGCAAGAACUAUGUCGACCAGUAUUCUCAAAUUGCUGUUCAAAUGAUGAUGCAUAUGGAUCAGCAACCUAAGGAGAUCUGUGGGACAGCUGGAUUUUGUGACAAGGUGAAGGAGAUGCCCAUGCAGACUCUGAUUCCUGCCCAAGCGGCCAUGGAGAACGUCAUCCCUGCUCUGGAGCUGGUGGAGCCUGUUAAGAAGGGCCUGGUCCCAGCGAAUGCUGGCGUGUACUGUGAAGUGUGUGAGUACGUGGUGAAGGAGGUGGUCAAACUCAUUGACAACAACAAGACCGAGCAAGAAAUAAUCCACGCUGUAGAGAAAAUGUGCUCAAAGCUGCCCACCUCCAUGUCCUCUGAGUGCCAAGAGGUGGUGGACACCUACGGCACGGCCAUUCUGUCCAUCCUGCAGGAGGCCAGCCCUGAGCUGGUGUGCAGCCUGCUCCACCUCUGCUCCUCCAAGGGGCUGCCAGCUCUGAGGGUACAUUUGGCUCGGCGCAACGAUGGUGGCUUCUGUGAGGUGUGCAAGGAGCUGGUGAGCUACUUGGAUCACAACCUGGAGAAGAACAGCACAAAGGAGGAGAUCCUGGCUGCCUUAGAGAAGGGCUGCAACUUCCUGCCCGACCCUUACCAAAAGCAGUGUGAUGAGUUUGUGACCCAGUAUGAGCCUGUACUGAUAGAGGCCCUGUUGGAAGUGAUGGAGCCUUCCUUUGUGUGCCUGAAGGUGGGAGCCUGCCCCUCUGCCCAUAAACCUAUUUUGGGGACUGAGAAGUGUGUCUGGGGUCCAAGCUACUGGUGCCAGAACAUGGAGACAGCAGCCCAGUGCAAUGCUGUCGAGCAUUGCAAGCGUCACGUGUGGAACUAG